UAUAAUUGUCUAACUGUUCAACUUACAAUUCAUAUUUAGAAAUGAAUUUCUUUACACUUUAUAUAACUUUAGUGUACACCAUUCUCAGCGUUUACUCAAACUAUGAACCACUUAUACAAAAAGUAUAUUAUUACAAUUUAGGUAAAUACAAUAGUCAAGUCAGCCACAAAAACUCUCACGAGAUGCCUGAAUACGACGACCAACUUCCCGAUUUUCCACAUAAACAAAUAGAAGAAGAAGAGAAUCCAUUUCACAAACUUUUUGAAAUUCUCAAUUCUGGAUCUGUCCUACCAUUGUGGUUGGUGAACCCAAUUUACUAUGUAUUUGAAGUGUACGGAAGAAUUAUACAUUAUUACGUAAACUAAAUUUGAACUGAUGAAAAUCUAUUGAAUGAUAUCAUAUGAUACACAAGUUUGACCAAUUCAAAUAAAAUAUCAUCUUUAA